GCCCAUCCCACAAACUUCAGCUGAUGCAACAUUACAGCUCAGUAUAAAGCCGGCUGCCGCCAGAAGAGCGACACAUUCAACCUCUCGCAUUCAUGGAAGGAACAAAGAAACACUCAGUGGAAGAGCUGGGCGAGCUGUCGGGGAAACUCUCGGAGGAAUUCACGUUAAAAUGGUCUAUACGCAAGCCCUUGUGUUCGGUAACGGGAUGUCCGUCAGGAGCGAGCAGGAAAACCUAGCUGAGGACCUGCGCUUUCUACAGCACUUCAGAUCAGGCAGAGACAACCUCAAACACUGCGGCAGACUCAUGAAAGCACACAGCUCAUCAAGUCUGGGAUCUGAGUGCAGUUUGGAAGAGGAAGAAGGAGAAGACGUUCGUCUUCAAUUCGACCUGGCCAAACGCAUUGAGAAGUGCCUCUAUGAGGCCAAAGGAGCCAGUCUGAGCUGUCAGGAGCUGCGUCUGCCCAAGCGCAUGACCACACGCGUGGCCGGAGACAUCCUGCGCUCAUCCACGGAUGAGCCGUGUGGGAUACGAGGCGCGCUGAUCCACAUGUUCAUGGAAAGCAAGGGCACACUACUGAAACUGGGCACCGUCAUUCCCGAUCAGAGUCUCACGCCGACUUUUGAGGUCUCUGUGGUCCUGCAGCCUGAUCUGGGUGGAUGGCCUCCGCUGAAGAUCCUGUUCGGAGGCGGGAAGGUCUUGAGCCUCAGACGGGAAUAUCGGCUGAUCAAGCGGAAGCUCUACUCGUCCGCCACUCCUACUGUACUUGAGUUUUAUUAAAAGUUUGGUAUGAAGAGUAAAGGGGAGGAGAAGACAAUGCCUGAGGUCUUAAGAGGAAGAGGACAACUUUAGGAAAAGCUCAUUUUGCACAUUAUUAUUAUUAUUAUUAUUAUUAUAACUGUUACAUCAGCAUAUUUCAGAGUUCACUGAAUGGUGUUUAAAAAUGAAGAUGAUAAUGUUCAAUGAAAGAAGGUGAUAUUGUGACACUGAAAUUUCUAACACAGCAUGAGCAGCUGUUGUUAUAAUACUGCAUUAUGUUUGCUUAAAAUAUCAUUAAUAUACAUACAAAUAGCUAUAAGAUGGAACCUGAUGCAUAUACACUAUCAUUCAAAAGUUUGGGGUCAGUAAGCUUUAGACAUUUUCUUUAAAAAUACAGUAAGAUUACAAAUAUUAAAAUAACUUUUCUGUUUCAAUAUUUAAAAAUGUAUUUAUUAAUUUGAUGGCAAAUCUGCAUUUUUGGCAGCCAUCACUUCAGUCUUCAACCUUCAGAAAUCAUUCUGCUGAUUUGGUGCUUAAGAAACAUAGCAUUAUUAUCAAUGUUGAAAACAGUUGUUGCUUGCAUACCUUUUUUUUUUUUCACCUAAAAGUAAUAAUUUCUUUCAUUAAAAAAAACAGUAAUGUAUAUUCAUGUAUGACCUGGGAUUUUACAUUGUCAUAUCUUGAGGUUUGUGACAAACACUACUGUCAGGUGACGGGGCACGUGAGACCAGAUCAUCUUUGUAUGAUUAUGACGGGUGUGUUGAGACUGCAGCAUAUUCAGUUACAAUUCUCCACUAUUGUUUACUGCUAUUCAGAGAUAUAGGAUGGUUCACAUUGUGUAUGAAUCACGCCACUGAUAUAUGUUGACGUCAUUAAUGGAUAUCGAAUGGUUUUUGUUUUUGUGACUUUGAACAGGACAAGCUGGUAUUGUCCUCCUAGUUAAGCAUUUGUACUAUUAUUUUUGUUUGAAAGCACAAGUUGAAUAAAUUAUUCUUGAAACAA